AUGCCACGCAAGGCCAUUGAUUCGCGCAUUCCUGCGCUCAUCCGAAAUGGUGUCCAGGAGAAAAAGCGAAGCUUCUUCGUCGUCGUCGGCGAUCGCGCCAAGGAUGUCAUUGUGAACCUGCACUGGCUCAUGUCCAGCGUCGACGUGAAGCAGAACAAGUCCGUCCUGUGGGCGUACAAAAAGGACCUUCUCGGGUUCACCAGUCACCGGAAGAAGCGUGAGGCUAAAAUCAAGAAGGAAAUCAAGCGAGGUAUCCGGGAACCGAAUCAAGAAGACGCCUUCGAACUCUUCGUGACCCUCAACCAAAUCAGAUAUGUGUACUAUAAAGAGACGGAAAAGAUUCUCGGUAACACAUACGGCAUGUGUAUCCUUCAGGACUUCGAGGCCAUCACGCCAAACCUACUAGCGCGCACCAUCGAAACUGUCGAAGGAGGUGGUAUGGUCAUCCUCUUGUUGAAGGGCAUGAGCAGUCUCAAGCAGCUCUACACGCUCUCCAUGGACAUUCACUCGAGAUACCGAACCGAAGCACACGACGAUGUGGUAGCCCGUUUCAAUGAAAGAUUCAUUCUCUCGCUGGGCAGCUGUGAUUCGUGUCUGGUGCUCGAUGAUGAAAUGAAUGUCUUGCCGAUAUCUGGCGGAAAGAACGUGAAGCCCCUCCCGCCUCCGGAGUCUCUCGAUGAAACCCUUUCAGGUCCGAAGAAGGAGCUGAAAGAAAUUAAGGAUAGCCUCGCAGAUACCCAGCCUGUAGGGUCCUUGAUUAGUUUGGCUCGGACUGUUGAUCAGGCGAAAGCGCUCUUGACCUUCGUCGAUGUGAUCGCUGAGAAGACGCUCCGCAGCACUGUGACGCUGACGGCUGCAAGAGGACGAGGAAAGUCCGCAGCUCUUGGUGUGGCCAUCGCGGCCGCGGUCGCCCAUGGUUACAGUAAUAUUUUCAUCACGUCACCCAGCCCCGAGAACUUGAAGACGCUAUUCGAGUUCAUCUUCAAGGGUUUCGAUGCGUUGGGAUACCUCGAUCACGUGGACUACACUAUUCUGCAAUCCACCAACCCCGACUUCAACAAGGCCAUCGUGAGAGUCAACAUUCACCGCCAGCACCGCCAAACGAUCCAGUACAUCCAACCCCAGGAUGCCCAUGUCCUUGGACAGGCGGAGCUUCUGGUCAUUGAUGAAGCCGCAGCGAUUCCCCUCCCUCUAGUGCGCAAGCUGAUGGGCCCUUAUCUGGUGUUCAUGGCUUCCACCAUCAACGGUUAUGAAGGAACAGGUCGAUCCCUGUCAUUGAAGCUGAUCCAGCAGCUCCGCGAGCAGUCACGAGGAGGCAUCAAGACCGCAGGUCAGGACGAUACUGAUAUCGCUGACCGCGCGACUGGUAAAGCCGCCAAAGGCGCAGAGAAGAAUCUGGGUGGACGCUCGCUCAGAGAAAUAACCUUGUCUGAGCCUAUCCGUUACGCCCCUGGGGAUUCCGUGGAGAAGUGGCUGAACAAGGUCCUGUGUCUCGACGCAACACUUCCGAAAUCUAGAAUGAACACCCAAGGCUGCCCCCACCCAUCCCAAUGCCAACUCCUGCAGGUCAACCGGGAUACAUUGUUUUCGUUCCACCCUGUCUCUGAAAAGUUCCUGCAGCAGAUGAUGGCCCUUUACGUUGCCAGUCACUACAAGAACACCCCCAACGAUCUCCAGCUGAUGAGCGAUGCGCCUGCGCAUCAACUUUUCGUGCUUGUUCCCCCCAUCGAUGAAGAAGCCACCAAGCUGCCUGAGCCUUUGUGCGUAGUCCAGGUCGCACUGGAAGGGCGCAUCAGCAGACAAAGUGUUCUCAACAGCUUGAGUCGAGGCCAACGAGCUGGUGGUGACUUGAUCCCGUGGCUGGUUAGCCAACAGUACCAGGAUGAGGACUUCGCUGGUCUCUCCGGUGCUAGAGUUGUCCGCAUCGCGACCAACCCAGAGUACCUGAGCAUGGGAUACGGAUCUCGCGCCUUGGAGCUGCUGGUCGAUUUCUACGAGGGCAAAUUUACAGAUUUGUCUGAAAACAUCCCUAAUGCGCAGGAGGAGAUGGUCAGGGUCACUGACGAGGAGCUUGCUAAUUCUUCUCUUCUGGAUGAUAAUAUCCAUGUCCGCGAUAUUCGUUCCAUGCCACCACUCUUUGGCAAGCUCUCUGAACGUCGUCCGGACGCCCUGGACUACGUCGGUGUCAGCUACGGUCUGACCCCCUCCCUCCAUAAGUUCUGGAAGCGCUCGUCCUUUGUUCCCGUCUACCUGCGCCAGACGCCUAACGAUUUGACCGGCGAACACUCCUGCGUGAUGCUGCGCACUCUGGCCAGUGCGUCCAGCGACUCCAGCUGGCUCGGUGCCUUCUCUCGCGACUUCCACAAGCGAUUCCUGGCGCUUUUGUCCUACCAGUUCCGAGACUUCCCCUCGGUCCUCUCCCUCAGCAUCUGCGAGUCCGCCAACGCCGGCGCCAAACUCGAUACGUCCUUCACCCCCUCUCUGCUCGCAAAAGGCGACCUCGACGCGGCCUUCUCCCCCUUCGACCUUAAGCGUCUCGACAGCUACGCCAACAACCUUCUUGACUAUCAUGUCAUCCUCGACAUGGUCCCCAUCGUCGCGGAGUACUAUUUCUCCGGCCGCCUCAGCGGCAAGGUCAACCUUUCCGGCGUCCAACAGUCCAUCCUGCUCGCCAUCGGCUUGCAGCGCAAGAACCUCGACGAUGUCGAGAAGGAGCUGAGCCUUCCCUCCUCGCAGCUUCUGGCCAUGUUCUUGAAGAUUGUCCGCAAGGUGUCGACGCACUUCCGUGGCCUCGUCGAGGGCGCUGUCGCAGAGACGCUGCCCACCGAGAAGGUGCCUGUCAUGCAGUCCUCCGUCGAGGCACACGAUGAGGUCGUCGACGACCGCUUCAAGCCGCUGGAGACGGGACUCGAGGAAGAGCUCCGCGAGGGUGGACAGAAAAUCGACGCUGAGCUGAGAGAAAAGCAGAGGGCUCUGAUCGACGCACUGCCUCUCGACAAAUACGAGAUCGAUAAUGGCUCUGCCGCCUGGGAGGACGCGGAGAAGCAGAUCCGGGCCGGAGGAGCCGCAACUGUGAGCAUCAAGUCUUCGAAGGGCGGUAAGCGCAAGAAGGGAGAGAGCGCGCGGGAAAUCUUCGACCAGGAGAUUGACUCCAAGAGACAGAAGAUCAUCAAGAAGGGGACGGAGGGAAAGAAGGCAAGGGCUUGA